GGAGAUGGCUCUUCAAGUGAGGAACAAGUGGGGACUGAUCAACGGCACGAUUCCGUCUCCGGCAAUAGAUGAUCCUGAGUUCAAAACUUGGAAUCGAUGCGAUAUUAUGGUAAGAUCUUGGAUCCUUAAGUCUAUUAGCCCAUCAAUUGCUCAAAGUGUUAUGUACAUUGGACGAGCUAGAGAUAUUUGGAAGGAUGUGAAGAACAGGUUCUCCCAAGCAGAUCCGCAUAGGAUCUCUCUUCAGGACGAGAUUUAUAAUCUGAAACAAGGCUCCUAUAGUGUAACUAAUUAUUACACUCACUGCAUAACUCUGUGGGAAGAUAUGAGUAUCUUGAGACCACUUCUAAUUUGUGAGUGUACUCCUAAAUGUUCCUGUGAACUGAUUACUAGGAUCAGAAAAGAAAAGAUGAGGAUAAUGUGAUUCAUUUUUUGAAAGGCUUAAAUGAGGAGUUUGCUAGUAUAAAAUCAGGAGUACUUAUUCUAGAUCCAAUGCCUCAUGUGGAUAAGGUUUUUGGUAUGGCUAUCAAAUUAGAAAGACAAUUGUUGGGUGCUGGAAACAUCAAUAUCGUCAAGGAACCUAUACAUGCUAAUGCAAUACUUACUGAAGCAAUGACUGAUAGAGUGAUUGCUGUUGUGGGAAACUUGAACACAGGAAAUAAUGUAAGGAGGUUCAUUCCUAAUAGUGCUAACAAGUAUUCAAAAUGCACCUACUGUGGAAUGAUAGGUCAUACGAUUGAAAGAUGUUACAAAAAACACGGAUAUCCACUAGGUUGGAUACCAGGUUAUAAAACCAAGAAUAAGCAGACUCAAAAUCUGGGAAACACAAUAUCUGCAUAUGUCAUCACCAAUCAACCUACUACUAGUACCGGUCAAGACAUUGGCAUUGGGAUUUCAUCUGAACAGUUUCAAAAGCUGGUGUCCAUGAUACAAAACAAAGUUGGCCACACUGUUCCAAACACAUCCACUGCAGCCACAGUUACCACCACAGCUUUUGGUUUGACAACAAACCUUAAGGCCACAGGGAGGCAAUCAUCUGAAGGAGGGACCUGGUACGAAGAUGAUUGGUUUUGCUAAAGAUGAGAAAUGACUCUAUCACUUGAUUAAUCCACCCCAGAAGAAAGAGAGUUUUCCUUCAUUUUCUACUGAAAUGCAGUGUUGUUCUGUGAGUUUAGAAGUUUGGCAUUAUAGACUUGGGCAUUUCCCUAUUAAUAAGAUGCAUUUUUUACAUGAUGU